GAAAUACCCCUUUAUCAAAUCAACGAAAAAUAGACACUAUGUAACUUUAUUGCAUUGGAAUACCUCCCCUUUUCGGUGGAUUCUUUCGGAGAAAGGAUUAAUGUUUGUUCUAUUCCAUUAGUAAUAAGGGAAGAAUUCGGCUCAGAAGAAAAAAGAGAAGCAGAUCUAUUCUAUACUCGAUAAGUAUCAAUACGCAAUGGGGGUUGAUCCUAUUUUUUAUGAAUGAAUGCAUCCCUAUUUGUUCAUCAUUCAAAGGACCUAUUCGUAAGAAUUCUCUUUCAUUCAUUCCGCCUUUCUUUAUUUUAUGGCCUUAGUCUAUCUAUGUAUAAAAUAUGAUAAAGGCCCAUAUUAUUAAGACCAUUAUUACAUAUUAUUAAGAUAAGACCAUUAUUACGUAUUACAUUACGUAUUACGCUUCCACAAUCAAAGUGAAAUAUAAUAUUACAUAUUAUAAUAUUACAUAUUAUUAAGAUAAGACCAUUAUUACGUAUUACAUUACGUAUUACGCUUCCACAAUCAAAGUGAAAUAUAAUAUUACAUAUUAUAAUAUUACAUAUUAUUAAGAUAAGACCAUUAUUACGUAUUACAUUACGUAUUACGCUUCCACAAUCAAAGUGAAAUAUAAUAUUACAUAUUAUUAAGAUAAGACCAUUAUUACGUAUUACAUUACGUAUUACGCUUCCACAAUCAAAGCGAAAUAUAAUUUUACAUUCUUUUUACUUUAUGCCUGUUGGUAUUCCAAAAGUUCCUUUUCAAGUUCCGGGAGAUAACGAUGCAAGCUGGGUUGACAUAUACAACCGAAUUUAUCGAGAAAGAUUGCUUUUUUUGGGCAAAGAGCUUGAUAUCCAGACCUCGAAUCAACUUGCGGGUAUUAUGAUCUAUCUCAGUAUAGAGAGUAAUAGCCGAGACCUGUUUUUUUUUAUAAACUCUCCUGGCGGAGGGAUAGUAUCUGGAUUAUCUCUUUUUGAUACUAUGCAAGCAGUGGAACCAGAUGUGCAUACACUAGCCAUGGGAUUGACCGCUUCAAUCGCAGCUUUUCUCUUGGUCGGAGGAGAAAUUACCAAACGCAGAGCAUUCCCUCACGCUCGGGUAAUGAUCCAUCAACCUAUUAGUAUGCUUAAGGAUGAUGGCUUCAAAGACUGGGUCAUGGAAACAGACGAAGUAAUGAAAAUGCAAGAAGACAUCAUAGAGGCCUUAUGUAAAAGAACGGGCCAGCCCGAUGGGUUAUAA